UCCUUUCAGUCAGUGUUGAAACUUUCCCGAAUCAUGAGCGGCCCCUUCAAAAGAAGACCGUCUCUUAAAGCCCUACCUAACGUAGGGUUUGUCAAAUCUGACAUAUUACAAAGGAGACAGUCUUCAAUCACCCUUAAACCUGUGACUGUAAACCAACAAGAGGUACCCUGGGACGUCUUGGACAGAUGUUUACUUCCAGUUGUUUUUUGUCAUGCCGCCGCCAUCAUCGUCAGCACUGUACUCAAUGCCCUGCACUUGUCGCAAGUCUCAACACUCACCCUAUUUAUUUUUUUCACCAUCACUACCAUUGCUGCAGUACUCUUCUAUCACAACCUUAAGGUGACUGCAGCAGGAAAAGCAGUCCUGAUAACCGGUUGUGAUUCCCGCAUCGGUAGCGCCCUCGCCCGACAUUUGGACGAACAAGGAUUUACCGUUUUCGCAGGAUUUCAGAAUGCUUCAGGCAAUUCUAUCGCUGAAGAACUGAAAGAGGAAUGUUCAGGCAGAUUGCAUAUUUUACAACUAGAUGUCUCUUCGGAAACACAAAUUCUAGCAGCUUCGUUAUAUGCCGUUGAACAUUUGCCGGAUGGGGCACCGGGGCUUUGGGCUGUAAUUCAUGCAGCUUCAUGGGUGGCCCUUGGAGAAAUCGAAUGGAUACCCCCACAGGUCAUCCGUAAAGCCGCCGAAAUUAACCUCUUGGGUCCCACACGAGUGACCCAAAUAAUGGUGCCUCUCGUCCGUCGUGCUCGAGGACGCAUAGUAAUGAUAACAUCCGGCCUCUGUAAAGUAGCAUCUCCUGUCCGAGGAAUCCACUGCGGACUAUUAGCCGCUGUCGAGGCCCAAGCGGAAUGUUUGCGGAAGGAACUGAGAAGCCGUGGCGUCGAUGUGGUCGUCGUAGCACCUGGAGAAUUCACUGCAGGCAACUCUUGGUUAUCAGAUCAAGUUAUUUUGGAACAAGCGAGGGAUAUGUGGGGGCAACUGUGCCAAGAGCAAAGGAUCGAAUACGGGAAGGAUUACUUCGAAACUGCGGUCAGGAGUUUGGAAACGAAAUACACCAAAUGUCAGGAUGCCGAUUUAUCUCCAGUCCUUCGCGCCUUGACUGAUUCAGUUAUUCGCACGUUUCCUCUUACGAGAUACACGCCGGUAACCCGAAAGGAAAAAAUCCAAGCUUUCAUCGCCGACCACUUUCCGAGCUCAUUUUACGACAUCAUCUACUCUUAAAUUUGAAGAAAAAUCAUCAAGAGUUUUAUUUCAUUUCAUUUUUUUUUUUACUUUAUGGGUGCCACAUUUAGUUUUAUUUUCUAGGUAGAAUAGCAACUACAGUCUGCUGUUGUGAUUGUUACGGCUAAAUCCAUCCAUCUCGUGGGAUUUGAACCAUGGUGACAUUAAUGACUAGGACAGCGCUCUACAUGAAAUUCAGUGAUUUUCCUGUAAUCAAUAAAUAAUUUAUACCGA